CUCUUCUCUUCUGCAAGCUUUUAUUCUUCAAACGAAGAAGAAGGAGAAGAGAAGAAACAGCGAAAAUGGCUUCCAAGAGUUAUCAUCCACUGCAUCUGAUCAUCCUCUUUGUCUACGCUGUUGCUAUCUCAUCAUCUUUUCUCGCCGUCAGAUCACACGAACAGAACAACGGAGACGAAGAGAUGAGAAGCCGCGGCGGCGGGGGGCGAAGGCUCCUUCUAGGUUUCAAAGAGACUCCAAAAGGAAGCAACGUCACCUUCGAGUGCUCUCCUUCAGGUCCUUGCGUCUCCUGCAAUUCCUCCGAAAAGAGAAAAGAGAAGUAUCGUUGCAGCGAAACUGGUUAUCGGAUUCCUUUCAAAUGUAGAGAGGUGAGAGGAGGAGGAGAGGAAGCUUCUUCACACAAGAAAGACGCAGAAGAGAAGACGCAACAAAAUGAGCAAUCUAAUGCCAGUAAUAAUGAUGACGAAGAAGUUGUUGUUGAUGCAUCGUCGGUGAAACAGAGGAACCUGCGUGAUGACGACUCUUCUUCUUCACCGGCAUCGAAAGCUAAGAAGUCUCAGUCUUACAAAACUUACAGAAGCUGUGUCCCUUCUGCGGAUGAGGAGAGAGUGUCAGUUCUUGGUUUCGAGGCGGUUAUGCUAGGACUGUUACUCGUGAGUGGAUCCGCUGUAUAUUACAGAAAGAAACAGACAGUACCGAUGGCCGGAGUAUCCAGUGGAAGAUCACAGAGCAAUUCCCGGUUUUAAGAGAUUUCCUUUUUUUUUCGAUUUUUGUGAGAAACAGAGAUAUUACUACGAGUGUAUAUAAUAUAAGCUUUUAGGGGCUUUGAUAUAACUGGAUUACUUACUUGUUUAUGAGAUCAAUUCCCAUCUGAAAAAAAAAUGUUAUCACUUUACCUUUAGAA